AUGUCGGACCAAACCAGACCAUCGUCACCUGAUUCGUACAAUGGAUUCUUUCACCACAAGUCCUGGUCUGAACCAUGGAGUUCAUCCGACUUUUCGCCAGACCAAGGGCAAGUGAAAUUCUAUAAUCGUCUUGAAAAUCAACCAUGGUGGGGCAAGUCUCUCUCAGGGCGUUGGCCGUGGGGUUAUUUCAUCUACUGGACAACAUACGGUUCCGACGAAGACUGGAACCAGGCCCUUGCCAAACUCCAUCGCUAUAUUCACUGCACUAUAAGAUAUGAUGAUAAUCCUGAGCCAGCCGAGAUCGUCUGGGAGGGUUGUAAAAACGUCAUUGUUGAUGAUAGAGAAUUGUUAGAAGGGGCUUCGCCUGUCAAAAUUAUCUUGAUUCAUCGCAAUUUUCCUGAUAAAGGGUAUAGGCACGAGCCUUAUAAUGUAAGUUGGGUCCGUUUGACGAUUGGUGGGAUUUGGCCGUUUUCGUAUUCGUUUGAUACGGUGGAGUUUGGGGAACAAGAUCCGGGUAUUGGGAGGCCUGGUUUGAUUCCAUAUUAUGAUGGUUAUUGGACUUGGGUGGAGGAUGUGAAUGGGCAGAAGGUGACGGAUGACGAUGAUGACCUGGAAAGCGGUUACGGUGUUCAUGAUAGUUAUGAGUAUCUAAGGGAGGGUGGGUAUAUUUGA